CAGUGUAUGUCCUCUAGUACGUUUAUGUGAUCCGAUCCAGAAAGGCUGAGGCAAUGGUUUCCAUAAUUCAAUUAAGUGUUUGUUCCGCCAUUAUCUACCUUCCAUGGCGAUUAUUAUCAUACUCUACUUGGCUAUAUUCGUCUUCUUGGGAGGACUAUGCCGUCUCCUUCAGUUUUUGAGGAGAUCGGAGAAGCCUAGAUUAUUAUUAACUCAGCCUCGUAUCCCUGUUUCUUCUGAUUCGCCGUCUCCGUCUCUGUGGGAGUACGACGUCUUCCUUAGUUUCAGAGGAACAGAUGUUUGGAGAAGUUUCGUCAGCCAUCUCUACGAGGCUCUCAAUUACGAAGGAAUCAAAACCUUCCUCGACGACAGAGAACUUCAAAAAAGGCAAUUUCAUCUGGGAUGGGCUUGAGAAAGCCAUUGUUCCAGUCACGAUUCGCCAUCCUUGUAAUUUCCCAGGACUACGCUACCUCGCACUGGUGCUUGCAAGAGCUUUCCGCUAUGCUCGACUUAGCCGACAAUACACGCCUUGAAUUGAUCCCUAUAUUCUACGGCAUUGAUCCGUCGGACUUGAAAGUUCGAAGCUUCCACAAAGCUUUUGAGAAGCAUGAGCAGAGGUAUGAUCUCGAGACUGUGGAUGUAUGGAGAAGAGCUUUGGCUCUAGUUGGAAAAAUGUCUGGCUGGGAUUCCAAAAGCAGGAAGGAGGACUCAGAGCUUGUACAUGAAAUUGUUCAAGAUCUUUCUGACAGAUUAUACUCACAUUUAUCAGACGGCACAACUGGAUUGAUCGGCAUGAGCUCUCACCAGAACAACAUAGAAUCUUUCCUAUCAAUAAUGGACUCCGGAGAUGUCCGAAUGAUAGGAGUCUGGGGCAUGGGUGGCGUUGGGAAAACAACCAUCGUGAAAUAUGUCUUUGAAGGCCUCUCGAGUCAGUUUGAUGCUCGUUGCCUUCUAGAAAACGUGAAAGGAGAUUUCAAACAAUAUGGUCAAUCACACUUGCGAAAGAAACUCUUGUCUGAAAUCUUCCCAAAAAGUCCCUUGAGUGCGCAGUGUUUCACUUCUGUUGCAAUGAAGCGAAGACUUCGUGGCAAGAAGGUUCUUCUCGUCCUUGAUGAUGUUGAUCACGUUCAACAACUGCAAGAUUUGGCUGGGAAUUGGUUUGGUCCAGGAAGCAGGAUCAUUAUAACUACACGGGACAAGCGUGUGUUAGAUGAGCAUGGUGUGGAACACAUUUAUGAAGUGAAGCCUUUGAGGCCUACCCAUGCACUUCAGCUUUUCAGCAAACAUGCUUUCAAAAUGAAUCGUCCACAAGCAGAGUUUAGAGAACUCUCUUUAGAUAUUGUAGAGCAACUUGGUGGUCUUCCAUUAGCUAUUCGAGUCAUUGGUGCAUCUCUAUAUCAACGGAAAAUAGAACUCUGGGAAGAUAAGCUGUUUAUACUGAAAAAUAGUCUCGAUAAAUCUAUCUCACUGGCGUUAAAAGUAAGUUAUGAUGCACUGGAUGAGCAGGAAAAGAUUGUUUUUCUUUAUGUUGCUGGUUGUUUUAAUGGGGAGUAUAUGGAUCGAGCGAAAAAGGUACUAGACUCCUUUGUCUUUAAAUCUGAACCAAGGCUAGUAACUUUGAUGGAGAAGUCUCUGAUUGGUUCGUCUAAAAGUACGAGGCUAUGGGUUCAUGAUCUACUUCAAGACAUGGCCAAGGAUAUUAUUUGUGAAGGAAAAAAGGAAAAACUAUGGAAGCGUAAAAUGCUAUGGAAUUUUAUCGAUGUCAAAGGCUUGUUCACUGAACAUAUGGGAACUAAAGACAUACAGGUUGAAAGUAUAUUGCUCAAUAUGGCUGAAGGAACAGAGCUUUGCAUCAACCAUGCAACGUUUAAGAGGAUGUUCAAUCUCAAAUUUCUUAAAAUUUAUAACAACUUUACUGUUGGGGGGAGCAAAAUGAGCAUGGUUAACGAUCUUGACUACCUCCCUCCACUGAGAUAUCUUCACUGGGAGGCUUACAUUUUGAAAACGUUGCCUUCUCGCUUCCAGACUGACUAUCUAGUUGAACUUAAUCUCCCUGAUAGUUCAAUUGAAACACUAUGGAGCGGAAUAAAGGACCUUCGAAGUCUAAAACACAUGAACCUUAACAGAUGCAAGAACCUGAUUGAAAUUCCAGACCUUUCUAAGGCAAGGAGUCUUGAGAGUUUAUGCCUUUGUGAAUGCGAAAGCUUGGUUGAGCUCCCUUCUUCUAUUGGUCAUCUUGAUAAGUUAGUUAAGCUAUCCAUGCGAAGUUGCACGAAACUCAAGAAUCUAUCGUGUAAUAUCUACUUGACGUCCCUCAAAAUUCUUUCUUUAGAUGAAUGCACAAUUAUAAAAGAGUUUCCAUUUGUUUCCGACAAUAUUGAAGAGUUGGGAUUGAGCUGGACAUCAAUUGAAGAAGUGCCAACAUCGAUCAAGCGUCUCUCAAGGCUCAGAGAAAUGCGGUUGUCACAAUGCAAGAGACUGAAGAAUCUCCCAGACACCAUUGGGAGUUUGGAGUCUCUCAAACAUCUGGGGCUUGCGUACUGUCCCAAUGUCACAGUAUUUCCAGUGCUUGGAAAUGGAAUAGAAACGCUGUCCUUGAAUGGUACAGCGAUAGAAGAAGUGCCGUCUUCGAUAGGUGAUAAGCUGAAUCUGAUAUCUCUUGACAUGUCUGAGUGCCAGAGGCUCCAGAAUCUCCCUCACACGUUGAGCAAUCUAAAAAACCUGAAGUUGCUUUAUCUCCGUGGAUGCACCAAUAUUACUGAAAACCCACAUGUUGCAGGGGAAAUGAGAAGAUUAGAUUUAUAUGGGACCUCAAUAGAGACAUAUGGAUUUCUCUCUGAAGAGGAAGGAAGAACUUAAGUUGCGCAAUCGUGAUAUGGACUUUGUCAAGGCAGUUCUCACUCGGUAUGUUCGAAAAUACAAGAAGAAUCGGAACUCAAGAUAGUUGAUGACUGCUCAAGGACUCGGAUUUGCGGUGGGAUGCUCAAUCUGGAUUUCAGUUUGAUUUCAGUUCAGGCUUUUCCCUUUCUGAAUAAUAGUAUCCUAAUCUUAUUAUGGUAUUCAGUGGGGAAAAUAUCUAAUUCAGUAACCUCGUCUUUGAUCCUAUCGGCUUGUGUCAAGCUGAGGGAUUACUAAUCAAGGACAGAGAUUCAUGAUUCUGUGAUAGGAAAAGCAAUGAAAAGAAACAUGUUUGUGUCUAGUGCAUUGGUGAACAUGUACGGUACGCUAGUUGCUCAUGUCUUUAGCAAGCACAACUAGUAUUCGAAAGGAUGUCUGAGCCGGACGCUGUACUGUGGAACGUUCUGAAUUAAUGAAUUCUUCAGGAAGGAAAAUUGCGAAAAUGAUCUUGCUCUGUUCAGGAAAAUGAGAAACCAAGGUGUUGGAUUGUACAUUUCUUUUUGAUAUAAAGUCACUGUAGGGUACUCACAAAACGGAAAGGAAGAACAUUUCUCUGGAGAUGAUGAUGAUUGGAAUGCAGAAUUCCGGAGUCAGAGCAAAAUACAUUACGAUCAUGAGUAUAUAUAUUGCAUGCAUGUACUAACCUGGAGGUAUCUUAGAGGGACGAGAUCCAUGGUUGAGGUUGUUCAUUCUGGUUGUAGCCACUCACAGAUAGUACAUGAAGCACGCUGAUCUUUGACUCAAAAGAAAGGAUUUAGUCAAAACUAAAUACAGAGCAUUACUCGGGCGUCGUAGAUGCGCUAAGCCGAGCUGGACGUUAAGAAGAAGCAUAUCAGUUUACACUUCAAAUGCUUAUGGAAGCUAGUGGCAGCGCUUUAAGGAUUAUAUGUGGACUGCCAAAAUGUGAUUUAAGGUCAUGGAAAAAGAUGAUUGGAGCGGACAUCAUAUAGAGACUCUCUUUGGGUUUCAUCAUUUCAAAGAUUCGAAAACUUGAAUCGCUCACCAGUAAAAAGAUCGUGAACUAGUAGUAAUUCCUAGAACAGAAAUAGCUGACGAGAAAGAAAAAAAUAAGUAGAAAGAGCAAACUAAAAGAAACCGCCGUCUGUGGGGAUCGAACCCACGGCCACGUGGUUAAAAGCCACGCGCUCUACCACUGAGCUAAGACGGCAUUGAUGGCAGAAGAGUAAACUUUGCAUUGACUAACAAAGUGAGUAAAGUCAAAACAGUUUUUAGGAAACCGAAGCUCUGUGACUCUGUCUGUCUAUAGAAGAAAAGAGCUGUUACUUCACGAGUAACCCAAAAGAAAACCCUGUAAAAGCGAAGAAGAAAAGAUGGUAUAGCUUUCUUUAGUUUGUUCUAAAGUUAAAAAGCCCAUUGGGCUCACGACGACGACGGUAUCUCAAAGGUGUAUUUUCUACGUUGUAUUUUUAUUUUAUUUUUUUGGGUCAAUAUUUUCAACGUUACGUUUGACCUCUAAAAACCCAGAAAUUGCAAGAAGAAAAACGGAGAAAUUGCUACGAUUACGAGUGUGUACGAUUGAAACGCGUCGAGUCGACUUUGCAUUGAAGCUUCAUCGAUCGAUUGCUUCUCUUUCCUCUCUCUGACAAAUGGCUUGUUCGAUUCCAGAAUCACGGUUAAGCUUACUUGAUUUUGCCACUCUCGCCGCUAGUAAUACCACUUUUUUGCUUCCAUGGCUGUUAUCUUUUUCUACUUGGCUAUUGUAUUUGUCUUCCUCGCCGUCUUCGUGGGACUAUGCUGCCGUCUCCUCGUGUUUAUGAAGAAAUCAGAGACUGCGCCUAGGUGGUUAACUCGGCGUAGUAUUCCUGUUUCUGCUUCAGCUGCUUUGGCGGAGGAUUCGCCGUCUCGGUCUCGGUGGAAGAACGACGUCUUCCUCAGUUUCAGAGGUACUGAUGUUCGUAAAUAUUUCGUCAGCCAUCUCUACGAGGCUCUCAAAAGUGAAGGAAUCGAACCCUUUCACGACGACAGAGAACUUCAGAAAGGCGAUUACAUCUGGAAGGGACUCGACGAAGCGAUGAUUCAGUCAAAACACGCCAUCGUCGUCAUAUCCAAGGGCUACGCUACCUCUCGCUGGUGCUUGGAAGAGCUUUCGGUUAUGGUCGACCUCGUUGAGAAGAAAGGCCUUCAAUUGAUACCUAUAUUCUAUGAAAUUGAUCCGUCAGACUUGAAGAGACGAAGCGGGUGCUUCUACGAAGCUCUUAAGAAUCAUGAGCUGAGGUAUGAUCUGGAUACGGUGCGUAGAUGGAGAAGGGCUUUGUCUGAAGUUGGAAAUAUUUCUGGCUGGGAUUCCAAAAGCAGGAAAGAGGACUCAGAGCUUAUACGGGUAGUAGUUCAAGAUCUUUCUGACAGAUUAUCCUCACAGUUAUCUGGCGGCACAAAUGGGUUGGUGGGGAUGAGUUAUCACAAGAAAGUCAUGGAAUCUUUCUUGUCAAUGGACUCCGGAGAUGUCCGAAUGGUAGGAGUCUGGGGUAUGGGUGGAAGAGGGAAAACCACCAUUGCAAAGUAUAUCUUUGAAGAAUUUUCUAGUCAUUUUGAUGCUCGUUGCUUGCUAGAAAACGUGAAAGGAGAUUUCAAACUAUAUGGUGAAUCACAUUUGCGAAAGGAAAUUAUGUCUGGAAUCUUCCCGAAGAGUCCCCUGAAUGCACGAUGUAUCAGCCCUGAUGCAAUGAAGCGAAGACUUCGUGGCAAGAAGGUUCUUCUCGUCCUCGAUGAUGUUGAUGACAUUCAACAACUGCGCGCAUUGGCUGGAAGCUGCGACUGGUUUGGACCAGGAAGCAGGGUCAUAAUAACUACACGAGACAAGCGUGUGUUGGAUGAGCAUGAUGUGCCACACAUUUAUGAAGUGAAGCCUCUGAGGACUACUCAAGCACUUCAGCUUUUCAGUGAGCAUGCCUUCAAA